AUGACUAAUAUUCAAACUGCAUUUAAAAAGCACUGCAUUGUGCCAGAUAUAUUAUCUAUUGCACCGUCCGAACUUGUUGAUGUUCAGUAUCCAGGUGGAGUUAUUGUCGAUCUAGGAAAAGAACUAACUCCUACACAAGUUAAGGACAAACCCUCAGUAAAAUGGGUGUCAAAAGAUACUUUAUAUUACACGUUAGCUUUAGUCGAUCCUGAUGCUCCAAGCCGCGAAAAUCCUAAGUUUCGAGAAUGGCACCAUUGGCUCAUAGGAAACAUUUACGGUGGAGAUAUAAAUAAAGGUGACGUUCUUUCUGAUUACAUUGGAUCUGGACCGCCAAAGGGCACUGGUUUACAUCGUUACGUAUUUUUAGUUUAUAAGCAACCUGAAAAAUGUGACUUUUCAAAAGUUAUAAAACUUCCAAACAAUUCAGGAGCGAACAGAGGAAAAUUUUCAAUUUCAAAAUUUGCUCAACAAUUUAAAUUAGGUCCUCCGAUCGCUGGUAAUUUUUUCGUUGCCAAAUAUGAUGAUUACGUACCAAAACUUUACGCACAAUUAAAAAGUUAA